AUGGGCUCGGUCACCUACCGCAACGGCAUAGCCAUCCUCCAACUCAUCGUCUUCCCUUUUAUUCUUGUGGCAUCGAUAUUCAUCUGGAGGCGAACGGGAUUGAAGGUCGGCAGCAGGAUCUGGCGAUACCCAUUCACACUAUCACUCCUCCGCAUCGCAGGCAGCAUCUGCUCCCUGUUGACCAUCAGCAACAAGUCCCAGAGAAUCUACAUCGCCGAAGCCGUGUGCGAAUUGAUCGGCAUUGCGCCUCUACUACUCACAUACAUCGGAGUGUUGCGACAAAUUGACAUCGACGAGGAUAUCCCACCCAGAAGCUCCAGGCUCAUCACGCUGAUUACCUUCAUCGGUCUGAUUCUCGGUAUCGCCGGCGUCAGCACUGCCGACGAUGGAAACUACAAGAAUGGACUGACAAAGGGUGCGAUGGGCAUAUUCCUCGCUGUCUUCGUGAUCUAUGUCCUCAUGGCCGGCUGGCUUUGGAUUCGAAUUUACGGCAUGAAGCGAUUCCAGAAGAAGCUUUACCUUGCCAUUGCUCUCUCGCUUCCUUUCGUCUUGGUCCGCUUGGUGUACUCUGCGAUCGGUGAUUAUACCGAGAUAUCUCGAUUCCAACUCUUUGGAGACAACACGGUCUACUUGUGUAUGUCUGUUUUGGAGGAGAUUGUUGCUAUGGUAAUUACCAUGGUUCUUGGAACUUCGGCCGUGCUUGAAAGCGAUUUUGUCAGGUUGGGCUCAGCCCAGCAGAGUUCUGAGCCCAAGAAUGAGGUGGUAUGA